ACUAGAAAACUGUGUAAUUUAUAAAUUCAAGCGCAGUGGUGUGUUAGUCAUCGUAACGGCUGGAGUCGCCUGGUGAGGGAAGGAACGUUGUUCAGUGAAAACUAUUUAACAUGCGUGAAAUCGUUCAUCUUCAAGCUGGUCAGUGUGGAAACCAGAUUGGAGCCAAGUUCUGGGAGGUGAUCUCCGACGAGCAUGGUAUCGAUCCCACCGGAUCCUACCACGGUGACUCCGACCUUCAGCUCGAGAGAAUCAACGUCUACUACAAUGAAGCUUCCGGUGGAAAAUAUGUUCCCCGCGCAGUGCUUGUUGAUCUUGAGCCGGGAACAAUGGAUUCCGUGAGAUCAGGUCCGUUCGGACAGGUCUUCAGGCCUGACAACUUUGUGUUUGGACAGAGUGGUGCAGGCAACAACUGGGCUAAGGGUCACUACACAGAGGGCGCAGAGCUUGUUGACUCCGUGCUUGACGUUGUCCGCAAGGAGGCAGAGUCAUGCGACUGCCUGCAGGGGUUCCAGCUGACACACUCGCUCGGUGGUGGUACCGGAAGCGGCAUGGGAACGCUGUUGAUCAGCAAGAUCCGCGAGGAGUACCCAGAUCGAAUCAUGAACACAUUCUCCGUAGUGCCAUCGCCAAAGGUAUCAGACACAGUUGUUGAGCCUUACAACGCCACCCUGUCCGUUCACCAGCUUGUUGAGAAUACCGACGAGACCUACUGCAUAGACAACGAGGCUCUCUACGACAUCUGCUUCAGAACACUUAAACUUACCACCCCCACAUACGGAGACUUAAACCACCUCGUGUCCGCCACUAUGUCCGGUGUGACCACGUGUCUCCGAUUCCCGGGUCAACUGAACGCCGAUCUCCGCAAACUCGCCGUGAACAUGGUGCCCUUCCCGCGUCUGCAUUUCUUCAUGCCCGGGUUCGCUCCACUCACAUCCCGUGGUAGCCAGCAGUACAGGGCCCUUACCGUCCCUGAGCUCACACAGCAAAUGUUCGACUCAAAGAAUAUGAUGGCUGCCUGCGACCCGCGUCACGGCAGGUACCUGACUGUCGCUGCCAUCUUCCGAGGUCGCAUGUCCAUGAAGGAAGUCGACGAACAGAUGCUGAACGUGCAGAACAAAAACAGCAGCUACUUCGUUGAGUGGAUCCCCAACAACGUGAAGACCGCUGUUUGUGAUAUCCCUCCACGUGGUCUUAAGAUGUCUGCCACCUUCAUUGGCAACAGCACCGCCAUCCAGGAGCUGUUCAAGCGCAUCUCUGAGCAGUUCACCGCUAUGUUCCGUCGUAAGGCUUUCCUCCACUGGUACACUGGCGAGGGCAUGGAUGAGAUGGAAUUCACUGAGGCAGAGUCGAACAUGAACGACCUUGUUUCUGAGUACCAGCAGUACCAGGACGCCACCGCCGAAGAGGAGGGCGAAUUCAACGAGGAGGAGGCUGAAGCUGAACCAGAGUAACCGAAACAGAUAGCGCAACUAUUUAAACAGACUCUGAUCGAACAUGCUUAUCGAAAUCCUAUUUAACAAAAUGUGUACUCGAUUUAGUCUUAUAACAGUGGCAUAACAUCACAAGUAUUCUUCGCUUAAAUGAUGCAUAAAAUAACAACAUCGACACACGCCAACAGAACAAACACUACCAUCUAUACAACAUUUAAACAAUUUAACAACACAUUAAUAGGGAUGAUGUACCUUUCGUCUAAAAUGUGCAAUACAAUAAAAACUCUACCUCUUUUCCGUGAACACUUUGCAUUUCUCUCUGUCCCCUCUAAUGAUCUGUCUUCGUGUUGUUAAGUCAAAAAGAUCAAUACAUGUAGUGAAAAUAC